GAUUACCUCGUAACCACGUCACCCGACGUCACAACUCAAUCACAUCCUAAGCCCCGCCUCAGGCGCGCGAAGCGCCACGCCGCCGCCGCCGCCGCAUGGGAUGUUGCUCUGCUGCAGCGCCCCCGCCGGCCGCGGCUUCCUCCUCCCUCGCCUCCUCGUCAGUAGGCUCCACAGGACCCGCCACCCCCUCCUCAGCCUUCGCACCACCACGACCGUCGCCUCCGCUGCCAUCUCUGCCCCCACCGCCUCCCUCUCGCCGCCGCAGCAGCGCCAGGUCGCGCUGUACGUGGAAGCUCUCCUCGACUGGAACAAGAGAAUGAACCUCACCGCCGUCACCGACAAGGCCGAGGUCAUGACGCGCCACGUGGCCGACUCCCUCGCCGUGCUGCCCCCGCUGGAGCGCGCGUACCACGCCCGUUCCACCUCCGGCGGCGGCGACAUCGAUGCGGUCAACCUUAUCGACGUCGGUUCCGGGGCGGGGCUCCCCGGUCUAAUCCUUGCCGUUGCACGGCCAAGCUGGAGAUUUACACUGUUGGAGUCGAUGCGGAAGCGGUGCACGUUCUUGGAGCAUGCCAUUGAGGUUAUGGGGUUGUCAAACGUGGAGGUGGUGUGUGACCGAGCUGAGAAUGUUGGCCAAAGUCUUGAUUAUAGAGAAGCAUAUGACAUAGCAGCUGCAAGAGCUGUUGCAGAACUGAAAGUUUUAGCGGAGUACUGCCUCCCAUUGAUUCGUGUUGGUGGUUUAUUCAUAGCUGCAAAAGGACAUGAUCCUCAUGAGGAAAUAAAAAACGCUAAAAGUGCAGUACAGAAAUUGGGUGCGUCCAUGCUCGAACUGUGUAAUGUUGAAUCAAUGGGACCUCAUGGUCAGCGGACGGCUGUUAUAUACUUUAAAGAACGAGCUACUCCAAAAAAGUACCCACGUCUUCCAGGUACUCCGUCUAAGAUGCCAUUAUGAGAAGCGUGACAUUGUUGUUGUAGACUUUUUUGCGCGGUUAAAAGCUGAAACUCGCAGUUGAUCUAGUCCAGAGAUUGUCUACUCAAAGAUGUCUACGUUUAGAAGCGUGGAAUGGGUUAUUAGCGCUUCUGCAACUGUCAGAAUUGGAAAUGUUCCAGUAGCGCAAUAUGUUGAGGCUCCCGUUGUAUCAACAUCUAUUCCUUUCAUGACACUGUUUCUUGUGGAAAAUGGUGAAUUGGAUAUUUCUUGAACAAGACACUAGCAAAUGAGGCCUUUAGGAUAUGUAUACAAAUGAUAAUUGGACCAAGACAUGGAGCCGUAGUCUUCAACUGCUACGGCUCCAAGUUGUUAUUAUGCCAUUAUGAAUGCUGCCUUUGUUCAUA